AUGGCAAAGCUGUAUUUAAUAUUACUUAUCUGUUCGAUUUUUAAUGGGACAAAUCAAGUUAAAAGUGGAAAUGAGCCCGAUGAGGAAUGCAAUGGUUUAGCUUCUAUACCUACAGUCUCCUCUCCAAAUCUCACACAAGAAUGCAGAGUGAUAAAAUUAAGCUGGAAACCUCCCACUAUCAAGCCAUCAUGCUGGUCACAACUACAUUACACUGUAGCUUACCGAACGUAUGUCGGAAAUCCUAAGGAAACGAAACGCUUUAAAAAUGCCUGCAACAAUAGUACUGAGCCUUUUUGUAAAUUGCCACCACUUGUGGUUAUUCCGCCAGAUGAAUGCGAAUCUAAUUACGGCAAAGGCAAUAACCGUAUUCUUGUAAUCUGUAAAGAACAUAUCAAAUGUGAUUCUGGGCAGACCUACAGAUAUAAUUUCUAUUGGGGAAAAAAUUAUUCAAAGGAUGAACCAGAUACAUCAUCUACUAAUUAUUUGAGGAUGGAGCUUUCUGAGCUAGAGCCUGAUACAUUAUAUUAUUGGUAUGUGGAGGCUGUGGUGCCAGCCAGAAGUUUGGUCAGCAAACCUACACCCAAACUCUAUUUCCGCACAUUACCUUUGAUUUUAACUACACAUACAGAAACGAUUGCGACUACACCUUCAACUACUGCUACGAUUGCAACUACGCCUACAAUUGUAGUUUCGACCGCAACUCAGCCAGUAACUACAUCUACAACUCUGCCUACAGCUUUGCCUACAACAGCUAUUACUGUCUUCAAGAAAUUAGAACCAACAAUUACCGAUAUCAAGAUUAUUCUCUCCGCAAAUCGAGUUAAUAUUACUUGGAAAGUUGUAGGACCCAGUAAAAAGUGUCAGAAACAAAUUCGUUAUCAAUUAGUUUAUUGGUGCAAUCAGACCCGUAGCUGGAACACAGCCUGUAAUAAUUCAAUAAUAGCUGCCUGCCAGAUUAACCUCGAAGAUGGCAUUUCUGAAAGUCUAACCUUUAAGAUAGUACUCAAAGAUGAAGCUCAAACUGUGAUUAAAGAAAGUGACAGCUUUAUCCAUCUUAUAGAUUUAGGCAAAGGAAAUGUAGCUACUACUGGUAGAAAUGAAAUUACGGAUACACCUAUAGAAAUUACACCAUCAAGCCUUACGAAAAGAACAUCACAACUAAAGGCAGAAACUAGAGGUCCAACAACUAAGGAUAUAAUAAUAAGCGAUUCGCCAGGAAAUUCGAAAGAAUCCGCCGCAUUAUCUGUGCUAAUAUUACUUAGCAUCAUCAUUGCUUUGAUUGCCGCUCCACUUAUAAUAGUUAGCGUUAUUAUCUUAAUUAUAUUCUAUAAGCGAUAUGUUACCCGAGUUUCAAAUCCAAAAUCUCAAUCAGAUGAACAUUAUUAUUCGAGCGUAGAAAACGUGCAAAAGCCAGACUCAAAUAUUACUGUCCAAGAGGAGUGUACACUAACUGAGGAAUCGGAGUAUUCCGGCCAAUUAUUCGCAAAUAGCGUUAUCGUAUAA